AUGGGCGACGAUAAGUUCGAGUACCAAUCCCUUCCCAUUCCUUCUUACGAAGAAGCCACCGCAUAUGCGCAACCCUCCUCCUCCUCGCGAUCGGACCUGGGCGAUGGCACCGACGCUGAACGGCAAGGGCUCCUCGGUCGCGAGGCCUCCAACUACCAACCGCCGACGGUAGAAUCGGAGCGCGGGAGUCUCGAUGGCCUCGCCUCCUCCGCAUCGGGCUCGACCCGGGGCUCCACGGACGAGUUGCGCCGGGAACUCGAUCAGAUGGAUGUGGACGACUCGGCUCUCGGAUCCUCCAGCAACGCUCGUCCCCGACUACGCCAUCGCUUCUCCAAGCGACUCUCCAGUCUCACCCGCACUCUCUCCGCCAUCCAACGACCCCUGCAGCGGUACCUCCCACGCAUGCCAAGCUUCCGUUUCACCAUCAAUCUGAGCGAAACCCGCGCCCGCUUGAAGGAUCAUGGCUGUAUCAUGUUACUCCGUCUUUUUGCGUUGUUGCUGGUCGUCUCUCUGGUCUAUGUCUUCUUCAUCGGCGACAUCUUCAACCUCAACAGUCGCAUGGUAAUGGGCCAAUCCUACAGUGCCUCCUCGGUGGAGAACUUCAUCCAGGCUCAUAUCAACGAAACCAAUAUCGCCGAGAACCUUAGACUCGUCUCCAGUAACACUCGAGUCGCAGGGACCGAAGGGAGCUUCGUGCUGGGCGAAUGGAUCGAGCAUGAAUACCACAAGGCGGGAUUUGAUGAGGUGAAGCGAGAAGAGUUUCAGGUGUAUCUGAAUUAUCCCCGAGACGAUGGUCGUAAGGUGGCCAUCGUGGAUCCGCCUCAUCUGGUGUGGGAAGCCACGCUAGAGGAGAACGGCGCACAGUACCCGGUCUUCCAUGGACACUCCAAGUCGGGAAACGUCACAGGCCCUCUCGUCUAUGCGAAUUUCGGAUCUCGUGAGGAUUUUCAACUCCUCGCGGACCGAGGAAUUGCCCUCAACGGUACCAUUGCUCUUGUACGUUACUACGGGACUGAGUCGGACCGGGCGUUGAAAAUCAAAGCUGCGGAGCUUGCUGGAGCUGCCGGUUGCAUUAUAUACUCCGAUCCAGCAGAAGAUGGGUUCGUGCAUGGCCCCGCUUAUCCCAAGGGCCGCUUUAUGCCCUCGGACGGUGUGCAAAGAGGUGGUCCCCGGUUUUGCAUCGACCCCAGACGAAAAAAGAGAAUCCCUCCAGAGGAAAGUCCUGGCUUGGUUAAAAUCCCAAGUCUCCCGAUCGCCUGGCGCGAUGCACAGCGACUCUUGCAAGCCCUCGAGGGUCAUGGCUCGAAGGUUCCGAAGGAGUGGGUUGGUGGAGUACCCAAGGUUCAACAGUGGUGGACAGGCGAUCAAAGUUCACCCACCAUCCACCUCAUGAAUCUGCAAGACGAGGUGGAACGACGGCCCAUUUACAAUGUCCAUGGGACCAUCAUCGGGCUGGAGGAGCGCGACAAGAAGAUCAUUGUUGGUAACCACCGAGAUGCAUGGUGCCUAGGAAGUGUUGAUCCUGGUAGUGGCACUGCUGUAUUUUUGGAAAUCGUUCGGGUCUUUGGCGAACUGCUCACUUAUGGGUGGCGGCCGCUCCGUACCAUCGAGUUCGUCAGUUGGGAUGGGGAGGAAUACAACCUGAUCGGCUCCACAGAGCAUGUGGAAAAGGAAAUUGAGAGCCUUCGGGCCAACGCGUACGCCUACUUGAACGUGGACGUGGGUGUUUCCGGUCCCAAUUUUCGCGCCGCGGGAUCUCCUGUCUUCGAGCGCACAGUCCACCAAAUUUUGGGCCGUCUUUCAGACCCAUUCGCGAACAAGACUCUGAAGGAGAUUUGGGACCAGAAGGGCCAAAAACUUGACCCUCUUGGCGCAGGCAGUGAUUAUGUGGCGUUUCAGGAUAUUGCGGGCACAUCGAGCAUCGACUUUGGAUUCGAAGGCGAGCCUUACCCUUAUCACAGUUGCUACGAAUCCUACGAUUGGAUGGAAAGGUUUGGCGACCCUGGCUUCGUUUACCACAAGCUGCUGGCUCAGUUCUGGGGUCUUCUCUUGCUGGAUGUCUCCGAGAAUCCCAUGAUGCCGUUCGAUAUGCAGGCUUAUGCCAGGCACGUGACUGCCUGGGUGAACGAAUUGGAUGAAUUCGCAAAGUCCAAGAAAGCCCAAGUGGAUAUGCAGCUUAUGUUCAAUGCUGCAUCCGAGCUCGAGGCGAACACAGCUCAGUUUCAAUCGUGGAACGACGUCUGGCACGACAGUGUUUGGGGCUCAGGUGGAUACGAAAGCAACGUCAUGGCAAUCCAGCGAGUCAAUCACAACGUCCGAAUGACCAGUUUUGAUACCCAUCUCCUGGAUCUGGAAGAGGGUGGCGGUAUUCCCAAUCGCACUCAAUUUCGCCAUGUAGUUUUUGGUCCAGAACUCUGGUCUGGCUACGAUGCCUCAAUCUUUCCUGCGAUUCGCGACUGCAUCAACACUGGCGAUUGGUCACUAGCCCAGCAUUGGAUCGAACGGGUUGCCAACACCAUCCACUACGCCAGCAACAAGCUCCUGUACUAA